GAGUGGAAGCGCCUCGGCCGCGCGUCGUCGCUGCACGUCGUCGUGCUCGACGAGUGCGACGCCAUCAUGCGCAAGCGCGGCGGCGGCGAGACGGGCGACGGGUCCUUCGGGGGCGCGGCGCGCGACGGCGUCGUGAACCAGCUUCUCGCGAAGCUCGACGGCAUGAGCCAGCAGAGCAACAUCUUGGUCAUCGGGACGACGAAUCGCCUGGACCUCGUGGACCCGGCGGCGCUGCGGCCGGGCCGCCUCGACGUGCAGGUCGAGAUCGCGCUGCCGGACGCGCCGGGCCGCUACGACAUCCUGCGGCUCCACUGCCGCGCGCUCGAGGCGUCCGGCGCGCUGACGCUCGGCGACGCGGAGCGCGCGGCUCUCCGGGAGCUCGCGGACGCGAAGACGGCCAACUUCUCCGGCGCGGAGCUCGAGGCCGCCGUGCGCAACGCGUCGUCCCUCGCGCUGGCGCGC